AUGGUAGGCCAGCUCGUCGCUGGUGAGUGCCACCUCCCAGCGACAGCGACGCCGUCGGAGGUGAUCCGCAUCAGUGGCCGCAGCCGCGGCGGCGGCCCUCGCUCGGUGGCAGCUGCGACGAUUGAUCUCGGAGACGAGGGCACGGGGAUCGACGUCCAGGUGGUUGUGAGCGAAGUCGAAGGAAGGCUGACGCAGCCCUUAGUCUGCUUCAUGCGUGGCGAGGCGUUUGAACGAGUUGGCGUUCGGCAGUUCAGCCUGAACACUCUUCCGCUGAGCAUGUGCAAUCACCUCAUCUACUCCUACGUGGAGACGGACAACAAGACCGGAUCAUUGAUCUUCCGGUACAGAGGCACCACCGGAGAGAAGAACAUACUGCGCGACAUGGGCAUGCUGAAGCACGAUACGAGUGCGACCGAAGUGAGAACACUGGUCAGUUACGGCGGUGGCGCCCACCUGCAAAGCCUGCUGAAGCAAAUACGGGACCCCCAAAAGAUGGUGCGCUUCUUCCACGAGGUCAAGCGGUGGCUCGUCAUAUUCGGCCUCGACGGAAUCAACUUUCACUUGGAAGGACCCGGUCCUCCGUUGUGCAAGCGGAGCGACAUCGAUGCCGUUAGCAACUUCUUCGAGCAUUUUCGACGCUUCCUUGGAUGGGACUAUAUCAUCACGCUUCAGCUCCCCGCGUGCCGUGAUCUCAAGUGCGACCUGCGUGCAUACAAGAGAAUAUCCAGUCAUCUGAACUACGUGUUCCUCAUGACGUUCGACUACAAACUGGAUGAUCUGUCCAAGACAAAGCUCACGAGUGGACUCUACCACUACGAGGGGAAUCAAAGCACCAGCAUCGAGUCUGAAUCGUGCCUUGGCCGGUGGGUGAACGCCGGGAUGCCGAAGCGCAAGAUAAUUCCGGGAAUCGCCACGUACGGCCGCAGCUUCACGCUCCGUGACCCGGCCCGCAACGGCGUCAGCGACAAGCUUGACCCAGAACACCCGCUUGGUAAUGGUGCGAACUUCACGCGGACGGACGGUUACAUGAACUACGUUGAGACGUGUCGACGGGUGAACUACUAUCACUGGAAACGGGAAUGGGUAAAAUAUGCGGCGACACCAUACAUCUACUACGAGGACCAGUGGAUCAGCUACGACGACAAAGACAGCGUUAAAGUAAAGGCGGAGUGGUUCCUGAAGCACUGGCUGGGCGGUAUAUUCGUGUGGUCUUUGGACGCUGACGACUACGGCGGUGAUUGCGUAGGAGAGAUCUACCCCAUGGUGAAAGCUGCAUGGAAGGCCAUGACGUCUUACCGGCUUAAACACAUGCAUCGAGCCAUGGGUCGGGGACGAGGACGCUCAAUGAACGAGACGUGUGAAUACUAA